AUGUCGGGGGGAGCUGGCGGGGGCGCAGGUGCCGUGGUGCGCCAAGGGCACCUGCGGAAGCUGAAGACGAUGAAGAAAAAGUUCUUCGUACUUCGCGCGGAGACAGCAGACUGCUCAGCAAGGUUGGAGUACUAUGAAUCGGAGAAGAAGUUUCGCUCAGGUGCUGCGCCGCGUCGUGUUUUGCCGCUCAAGAGUUGCUAUAACAUCAUGCGUCGUUUAGACCUAAAGCAGAAGCAUGUGAUCGCCCUCUUCACGCGCGAGGAACAGUUCUGCAUUGUAGCAGAGAAUGAGCAAGACCUACAUGCUUGGUUGACCGCUAUACUGAAGCAACACCGAUCCGACGACGCCAGUGACGAGCUUCUCCAUCCAAUACAACACGUAUGGCAAGUGAAUGUGCAGAAGAAAGGCUUGGGUGCCACUAAGAACAUCCAAGGUCUCUACAACCUAUGCCUCACCGAUAAGACGCUAGCUCUGGUAAAGAUCAAGAGUCAUAACAACAUCAUCAGCGACCUCGGAAUACCAGAGCGAGUGGAAUAUUCAUUGAAGAACAUUCGGAGAUGUGGCGAUUCCGAAUGCUUCUUCUACAUGGAGGUGGGACGGCAGACGACGACCGGCGCUGGCGAGCUCUGGAUGCACACUGACGAUUCCAACAUUGCACAGAGCAUGCACUCUACCAUAUACCACGCAAUGCGCAACUGCGCACGCGAGAUAGAGAACGAGCGCGACCACAUCGUGAUCUCAGCGGGGGAGCAGCACUCAAGAGAACGGUCGAACUCUGAGGUCAAAUCUAAAGUUGGCAUUGGUGACAAGGGGCUAUGCGUGGGCUCAUGCAUUAUACAGUGCGUGUGUGCGAGCGCCACGUACUCCAUCGACGACUCAGCCGCGCAACCCGCGCUACCACUCAACGCCGACCACCAGAAUAACACACUAACAGAUAAAACAGACGCGCCCGUGCGUUUGAUAAAGCAUCACAGAACCGAAUCAUUGCCCACUGGCUGCAUAUUCCAAGAGCCCCUCAAGAUACAACACGAACGGACGAGAUCAGCCCCGUUGACUGGAGAUGAAGUAGACAGGAUUAUGUUAGAGAAAAAUAUGGCCCAUUCGUCCUGUAAGGCCAUCAAUGGAGAAAAGAAGAUGCAAUGGUCGAGGCGGGCCAGUACUGGGACUCGGUGGUCGAAAUUGUCGCCGGCUCAUUCCAAGAACGCGGGUACAUUACGGAGUAGGUGUGACAGUAUGCCUUCGCGUCCCACUACAGCGUUCGAAGUUGAGAGACCACCGCCCAGGUUUAAUGACCUUGAAGGUCCGGACAUGUCACGCGACGAGCCCGACGCGAUGGCGGAGUGGAGUCGUACGCCGCGCAUCCCGGAAGAACCCGACUGCUGUGAUAUCUCCAUGGAUUUCAUGAACACAUCACUAAUAAGUGGCAGUUCAGUGGCGCACUCUCGCACUUCGUCCGUGGGCGAGGCGGGCGCGGGCUACCUCCACAUGGGCCCGGGCCACGACCCGCUCGCAGGACUGAUCUCCGCCUCCAGCGGCUCGCUAUGCAGCGGCACUCCUUCCACGGAUCCGAGGUUUAGUGAGUACCAGCUAGACCCCGCUAUGUCCCACAUCGGCAUGGAGUCGCGUCCGCCACGCGCCUACAGCGUGGGCUCGCGGCCCACGGCGGGGGGCGGGGCCGGGGCCAACGCGGCCGCCGCGACGCUGGAGGGGGGCCGCCACCGCGCCUACAGCGUGGGUGCACGGCAGAGGCCGCCCAGGCACCCACACCCACGGCACCUCACCGAAGAUCACAUGGAAAUUGACUUUUCCUAUAACUCGCCCGCCAACAGAAUGUCUUCAGUCGCCCGCACACCUCCAAUAUCGUGCUACAACGACCGUCCGAAGACUAACGUAGACGAGUACGUGGACAUGUCUCCCCGUAACGCAGGUUACGUCGAGAUGAAACCUGGUGAACCACCUUCAACCCCCUACACCACGGAUGGAUACGUUGAAAUGAACUACGGAAGAGCAGCUACGAGGCCGAUAGCCAUCAGCACAGCGCGUCCAGAAAGAGUAACGAGAGUUACUGCUGCGGCGUCGCCUGACGAACCGAGGAAAAGGGCCACUCCACACGGCAGUCAAACCCUUUUUGACAUGUCGUUGGACUCGCCUGCGGACCCUCAAGAUCCUACGUCAACCACCCCACCAAUAGACUUAACUCCUCUCGCUGAUGAGCCAGCACACGCUUUAUCGACAGUGAGAGAGUUGUCUGAAGAUGGAAGAAAGAGUCCUGAGGUGGCCGCGUCGCCCCAGUACGUGACUCUUGCGCCAAGACGAGAGGAGAAAGACGAGUUAUCAUGUAACCCCUUGGCUAAUAAGAGUAUUGUGAGGUUGCCGGACUUGGUUGAUAGCAAAGCGGAGGCGGCGCUGGUGGUGGCGGGCGCGGGGGCGGGGGCGGGGGCGGGGGCGGGCGCGCUGCGGUUCAGCGUGGAGGCGCCGCUGCACUACGCCGCGCUGGACCUGGAGCCGCGCCGCGCGCCGCACCAGGCGCCGCACAGCGCCUACACGCAGAUCGACUUCAUCCGCAGCGAGAAGCUGCACGCCGACGCGACCUAG